AUGAAUGAAUUUAAUUGCCAGUAUUUCUUACUUCCUUUCUUUCCUUCUCCCUUACUUUCUAUCAAUUUUCUUCUUCUUUCUCUUCAAAUUCUUCUCUUUCCUUCUUUCAUUAUCGAAAUUACUUCUUUCUUCCACUCUUCAAUUGCAACCACAUUUCAUUCUUCUUCCACCUCCAUGUUGGGAUUCUUUCUUUUUUCCCCUUUUCUAAUACUUUCCCUUCCUUCCUUCCUUCCUUCCUUCCUUCCUUCCUUCCUUCCUUCCUUCCCCUUCACUUCCUUUCUCUUUCCUUUCCCUUCCUUCCCUUUCCUACCCACCCUUCCUCUUCCCCUUUCCCUUUCCUUCCUUCCUUCCUUCCUUCCUUCCUUUCCCUUCACUUCCUUCCUUUUUCUUCCCUUCCUGCCUUCCUUCAUUACUUCCUCCCACUUCAUUUCCUUCCUUCCUUCCUUCCUUCCUUCCUUCCUUCCUUCCUUCCUUCCUUCCCCUUCACUUCCUGUCUCUUCCUUCCUUCCUCCCCUUCACUUCCUUUCUCUUCCCUUUCUUCCUUCCUCCCCCUUUCCUUCCUUCAUUUCCUUUCCUUCUUCCUUUUCCUUCCUUCCUUCCUUCCUUCCUUCCUUCCUUCCUUCCUUCCUUCCUUCCUUCCUUCCUUCCUCUUCCUUUAUUCCUUCCUUCCUUUCCCUGCACUUCAUUCCUUUUCCUUCCUUCCUUCCUUCCUUCCUUCCUUCCUUCCUUCCUUCCUUCCUUCCCCUUCACUUCCUUCCUUCCUUUCUCUUCCCUUUCUUCCUUCCUCCCCUUUUUUCCUUCCUUCCUUCCUUCCUUCCUUCCUUCCUUCCUUCCUUCCUUCCCGUUCCUUCCUUCCUUCCUUCCUUCCUCAUCCCUUUCUUCCUUCCUUCCAUUCCCUUCACUUCCUCCCUUCCUUCCUUUUCUUUCCGUCCUCCCCUUUUAUUUCCUCCUUCCUUUCCCUUCCUUGCUUCCUUCCUUCCUCCCUCUUCACUUCCUUCCUUUCUCUUCCCUUUCUUCCUUCCUUCCCUUUUCCUUCCUUCCUUUCCCUUCCUUCCUUCCUUCCCCUUUCCUACCUUCCUUCCAUUCCUUCCUUCGUUCCUUCCUUCCUUCCUCUUCCUUUUCUUCCUUCCUUCCUUUCCCUUCACUUCCUACCUUUUCCUUCCUUCGUUCCUUCCUUCGUUCCUUCCUUCCUUCCUUCCUUCCUUCCUUCCUCUUCCCUUUCUUCCUUCCUCCCUUUUCCUUCCUUCCUUCCUUCCUUCCUUUCCCUUCACUUCCUUCCUUCCUUCCUCUUCCCUUUCUUCCUUCCUUCCUUUCCCUUCACUUCCUCCCUUCCUUCCUUUUCUUUCCUUCCUCUCCUUUUCCUUCCUUCCUUCCUUUCCCUUCCAUUCCUUCCUUCCUUCCUUCCCCUUCACUUCCUUCCUUCCUUCCUUUCUAUUCCCUUUCUUCCUUCCUCCCCUUUUCCUUCCUUCCUUCCUUCCUUCCUUCCUUCCCGUUCACUUCCUUCCUUCCUUCCUUCCUUCCUUCUUUCCUUCCUCAUCCCUUUCUUCCUUCCUUCCUUUCCCUUCACUUCCUCCUUCCUUCCUUUUCCUUCCUUUCCCCCUUUUAUUUCCUCCUUCCUUUCCCUUCCUUCCUUCCUUCCUUCCUUCCUUCCUUCCUUCCUUCCUUCCUUCCCCUUCACUUCCUUUCUCUUUCCUUUCCUUCCUUCCCCUUUCCUACCCACCCUUCCUCUUCCCCUUUCCUUUCCUUCCUUCCUUCCUUCCUUCCUUCCUUCCUUCCUUCCUUCCUUCCUUCCUUCCUUUCCCUUCACUUCCUUCCUUUUCUUCCCUUCCUGCCUUCCUUCAUUACUUCCUCCACUUCAUUUCCUUCCUUCCUUCCUUCCUUCCUUCCUUCCUUCCUUCCUUCCUUCCUUCACUUCCUGUCUCUUCCUUCCUUCCUCCCCUUCACUUCCUUUCUCUUCCAUUUCUUCCUUCCUCCCCCUUUCCUUCCUUCCUUUCCCUUCCUUCCAUUCCUUCCUUCCUUCCUUCCUUCCUUCCUCUUCCCUUUAUUCCUUCCUUCCUUUCCCUGCACUUCAUUCCUUUCCUUCCUUCCUUCCUUCCUUCCUUCCCCUUCACUUCCUUCCUUCCUUUCUCUUCCCUUUCUUCCAUCCUUCCCGUUCACUUCCUUCCUUCCUUCCUUCCUCAUCCCUUUCUUCCUUCCUUCCAUUCCUUCACUUCCUCCCUUCCUUCCUUUUUUUUUUCCGUCCUCCUUUUAUUGCCUCCUUCCUUUCCCUUCCUUCCUUCCUUCCUUCCUUCCUUCCUUCCUUCCUCCCUCUUCACUUCCUUCCUUUCUCUUCCCUUUCUUCCUUCCUUCCCUUUUCCUUCCUUCCUUUCCCUUCCUUCCUUCCUUCCCCUUUCCUACCUUCCUUCCAUUCCUUCCUUCGUUCCUUCCUUCCUUCCUCUUCCUUUUCUUCCUUCCUUCCUUUCCUUCACUUCCUACCUUUUCCUUCCUUCGUUCCUUCCUUCCUUCCUUCCUUCCUUCCUUCCUUCCUUCCUCUUCCCUUUCUUCCUUCCUCCUUUUCCUUCCUUCCUUCCUUCCUUCCUUCCUUUCCCUUCACUUCCUUCCUUCCUUCCUCUUCCUUUCUUUCUUCCUUCCUUUCCCUUCACUUCCUCCCCUUCCUUCCUUUUCUUUCCUUCCUCUCCUUUUCCUUCCUUCCUUCCUUUUCCUUCAUUCCUUCCUUCCUUCCUUCCCCUUCACUUCCUUCCUUCCUUUCUAUUCCUUUCUUCCUUCCUCCCCUUUUCCUUCCUUCCUUCCUUCCUUCCUUCCCGUUCACUUCCUUCCUUCCUUCCUUCCUUCCUUCCUCUCUUCCUUCCUUCUUUCCUUUCUUCCUUCCUUCCUUUCCCUUCACUUCCUCCCUUCCUUCCUUUUCCUUCCUUCCUCCCCUUUUAUUUCCUCCUUCCUUUCCCUUCCUUCCUUCCUUCCUUCCUUCCUUCCUUCCUUCCUUCCUUCCUUCGUCUUCACUUCCUUCUUUUCUCUUCCCUUCCUUCCUUCCUUCCUUCCUUCCUCCCUUCCUUCCUUCCCCUUUCCUACCUUCCUUGCACUUCCUUCCAUUCCUUCCUUCCUUCCUUCCUUCCUUCCUUCCAUUCCUUCCUUCCUUCCUUCACUUCUUUCCUUCCUUCCUUCCUUCCUUCCUUCCUUCCUUCCUUCCUUCUUCUUCCUUUUCUUCCUUCCUUCCUUUCCUUCACUUCCUACCUUUUCCUUCCUUCGUUCCUUCCUUCCUUCCUUCCUCUUCCCUUUCUUCCUUCCUCCCUUUUUCUUUCCUUCUUUCCUUCCUUCCUUCCUUCCCCUUCACUUCCUUCCUUCCUUUCUCUUCCCUUUCUUCCUUCCUCCCCUUCUCCUUCCUUCCUUCCUUUCCCUUCCAUUCCUUCCUUCCUUCCUUCCUUCCUUCCUUCCUUCCUUCCUUCCUCUUCACUUCCUUCCUUUCUCUUUCCUUUCUUCCUUCCUCCCCUUUUCCUUCCUUCCUUCCUUCCUUCCUUCCUUCUUUCCUUCCUUCCUUCCUCCCCCUACACUUAUUUUCUCUUCCUUUCUUCCUUCCUCCCCCUUUCCUUCUUUCCCUCCCCUACACUUAUUUUCUCUUCCUUUCUUCCUUCCUCCCCCUUUCCUUCCUUCCUUCCUUCCUUCCUUCCUUCCUUCCUUCCUUCCUUUCCCUUCACUUCCUUCCUUUUUACUUUCCUUCCUUCCUUCCUUCCUUUUUCUUUCCUUCCUUCCUUCCUUCCUUCCUUCCUUCCUUCCUUCCUUCCUUCCUCCCCCUUUCCUUCCUUCCUUCCUUCCUUCCUUCCUUCCUCCCCUUCCUUCCUUCCCCUUCCUUCCUUCCUUCCUUCCUUCCUUCCUUCCUUCCUUCCUCUUCCCUUUCUACCUUCAUUCCUUUCCCUUCACUUCCUUCCUUUUUACUUCCCUUCCUUCCUUCCUUCCUUCCUUUUCUUCCCUUCCUUCCUUCCUUCCUUCCUUCCUUCCUUCCUUCCUUCCUCUUCCCUUUCUACCUUCCUUCCUUUCCCUUCACUUCCUUCCUUUUUACUUCCCUUCCUUCCUUCCUUCCUUCCUUCCUUCCUUCCUUCCUUCCUUCCUUCCUUUCUCUUCCCUUUCUUUCUUCCUCCCCCCUCCUUCCUUCCUUACUUCCUUCCUUUUGUUCCUUCCUUCCUUACUUUUCAAAUCAUUUCUUAUUUAUUACUCUCCUUUCUUUCUUUAUGA